AUGUAGUCUUGGUACUACAAGUUAGCAUUGGGAAUGAAAGGGGUGCAGAUACCAAAAUACCAAUUACCUUACUUUAAUUCUCAUUCAUUUUACUAUGUCGUCGGAGUCAGGCACAACCACAACCACAGGCAAUGAGCCUCGAAUGCGACUCAGAGAUCUUCUGCCUAACUUACAAUUAGGUGGUUGGAAACCCGGCCCCCUGAAUUCCCUUACGGAUGUUCCUGGUGUUCGGGUUCAUACUCAGGAAAUCUUUGCUGACGAUGGCGCCGUGAACACUGGCGUCACGAGUAUCUUGCCUCGAGAAGAAUGGUUUCAUAAAGCCUGUUACGCGGGGAUGUUUAGCUUCAAUGGCUCCGGUGAAAUGACUGGUAGCCAUUGGAUCAAUGAAACUGGCCUCCUAUACUCCCCUAUUGUUAUCACCAACUCUUUCGCUGUGGGUGCCGCCUACCAGGGAAUAUACGAGUACACCAUCAAAGCUCAAGGGGUGACGAAGGGGAAUGUCGACUGGUUUCUGUUACCUGUGGUGGCAGAAACCUUUGACGGGUACCUAAACGACCUCACUCAAUUCGCGGUUAAGCCGGAACACAUCGUCAAGGGUCUUGAGAGUGUCUCGAGUGACCGUGUCAGGGAAGGUAAUGUCGGUGGUGGGACUGGAAUGAUCUGCCAUUUUUUCAAGGGUGGUACUGGUAGCAGCAGCAGAAUGGUCGACGGAUUCGAUACCAAAGGCGAGCCCAAGAAUUACACAGUCGGUGUGCUUGUGCAAGCCAACUACGGCAGGCCACACCACUUCCGCAUCGCGGGUGUACCGGUUGGAAGUAUUCUAGCCAAGGAAGCCGAUAAAGCUGCCGAAAGUAGUAUGGCAAUAAAACUGGCAAGAGAAAACCUUGAAAAGGAGAAAGAUAGGAAGGACGGGAGUAUCAUUGUCAUCAUCGCGACGGAUGCACCCCUACACCCUACACAACUCCAAAGACUUGCUAAGAGGGCGACAGUGGGAUUGGCGAAAGUUGGUGGUUACGGGCACAAUCCCUCUGGCGAUGUCUUUUUAGCCUUUUCGACAGGCAAUGAGAUUCCGGUUCAACAAGAAGUGGACCGAUUCAAGACAAGGCCUAUCACUGUUGACGUGGUUGAUGAUGCAACUAUUAAUGCAUUAUUUGAGGCCACAGCAGACGCCACGGAAGAGUCGAUAUACAAUUGUCUAUGCAUGGCCGAGACGAUGGUAGGAAAUCAGGGCCAUAGAAUCGAGGCACUUCCUCUUGAGAAGGUCAAAGAUAUCAUGGAGCGGUACGCUUGAAUAUCGAACUGGGUGCAAGUUUAUCCCGCCUUCAAUGUUGAUAAAUGUCAGAAAGAAUAAAAUCAGUGGAUGGAAUUGAGGGUGCAUGUGUUCCGUGCCGUGGAAGCGACGUCACAAUUAAUUAAAUGAAACGUAGUGGCUUAUAUGUGGCGCUCAGUAAGUACCUGGUACUUAUGAC